GUUACAUUCGACUUUCAAACUUGAAAACAUUUCAGUAUUCUUGCGGCUAUGGUAGAGUGUGUAACUUAGGGUCCUUUUACCUGCUCGUUUCGGCAUGAAUAGUGUUUUAUUUGUUGUGUAAAAUAAACAGUGCAAGGACACAAUGACUGAUAAUCUGCAAUACGACUUUAACAGUGAAUUCGAAAACCGAAAUUACAAGAGUUGUUUUGCACGUUCAAUGGCUGUAAAUUCGCAAUAUAAACAGCCGAAAUCUUUGGAUUAUCAACAAAUGGGAAGUGAGGUUAAAACAAAAUCUGAGAUUUUCAAAAAGGAAGUUUCUGAUAGACCUUCUGUGCAAAAUCAAGAGACCCAAGAAGUGAAAAUGCGAAAGAGCUCACGUACAAAAUUGGAAGAGGCACGUCGAUAUUCCUGUAGCAACCUCAACACCUCACUGUAUAAUUCAAUAAGAAGAUCUUCAUUUUGUUCAAGUAGAAUCAGCGAGAUUCCAGUAGAAAAUAUGGUCAAUCAAUCUAAGUUAGAAACAUUACAGUGGCAACUAAAAGAAAUUCAAAAAAGUAGGGAGAUGUACAGAGCAGUUAUGAAACAAGUGGUAACGUAUCUGGAGAAAGCUCAUCACAGUUUGGAACUUCUGGGAAAUAGGAUCAAUAGAAGAAAUUCAGUCCAUCGAUCGCGAAGUGAACACCAAAUGGAAGUCAGUCGAAUAAGUGACAAUUCCACUCUGCUGGCAGGAGUUCAUAACCAAUCCAAAACGAUAGACGAGCACAAAUUAAAGGACCUGCAGUGGAAACAAUCAAAGCCAGAAGAACCCUCUCCAGACGAAAUUCCUCCGGACAAGCUAGCCCAAGAAGCGUUCCGACUCCUCCGGACUGCUCAAUCUUUGUUGAACACUCGAGAGCCGGACUUGGUGCAAAUUACUACCUCCUGCGAACCCUCCAACGACAUCGAAUUCCUCGAACAGCUCGCCAAAGAGUUUCCUCCUCCGGAAAUCAAGGCGCAAAGGGCUACGUCCUUUUCGCUCAGCCCGAAGCUGAUAAUGCCAGAAGUUGAGACGAAAAUUUCCACGGCGUUUAAUAGGAAACUGUCACUUCAACUAAGUGACGUGAGGAGGACGACCAGGACUGUUCGAAACGUCGAUUCUGCAAGAGGUUCUGUAGCAGAUAGCGACACAGAACUCGGAAACGAUGGAGGAAUAUUCUCUAAUCAAAAAAGUAAAUCUGAGAAGUCCAAUUCGCCGGCGAAUGGCAGUAUCAGUUCCGUAGAAGAUGAGAGCGGCUUUUCCUCGAUGAAUUCCUUUCAAGAAGUCGGCUUGCCAAUUGUGAAUAGUACAAUGACCGAUGAGGUAUCUACAAAAAACGCCCUUCUUCGAAGCAUGCUUCACAAUAGCUCGAACUACAGUUCCCUCAACUUCUCUCUCAACCAACAAGACUCUUUAACAGAAACCAUCAUAUCCGAAAAUUCAAUAAAAGAAGAACGGCCGAAGACUUCAAUAGACGACAUCCGACUAUGGCAGAAGCCAGCAGUACCAAGAGCUCCACCACCCUCUUCACCAACAGGUUACUCAACACCAACGUCAACACCACAACAUAAAAGAUGGGGAUCAUCGCCUGUGAAAGACACAGAAACGCAAAGUUUAAAAGUUUUGUGGGUGUAAAUAGUAAUUUUAGUGGAAAGACACUAUUUUGCCGAAUGGGAAAGAUCGACCAGGGCAUUUAGAACAAAAAACACAUGAAUAAAUCGAUUUUUGAAUACAGCACUUAUCGGCUUGCAACUGUUUGCAUUGUGUUAGGACGUCAAGAAAAAAGUCUACAAUAAGAAAAUUGGUAGAAAUGCAUAUUCAAAAGUGCAUAAACAGUAGGCUAUUGAUUAUAUUCAAAAUAAGAGAGUUAAAAGGAACUACAACGUUAACGGGAUUUUAUUGACUCAUAUGGUCAAAGAACGUCCAAAUUUGAAAAAACCGCGGAGUGCUACCAUUUAAAUUGGUGCGUUUUUGAGAAAGGUGUGAAUUAGUCCCUAGGCACAGGGUGAAUUAGGGAGAGUUCUAUCCACUUAUGGUACAAACACGUCUACAGGAGAAUCGUUCUAGGUUAAAUUUUCUAUUAAAAUAUUACAUUUUAAAGUCAAAAUAU